AUGGCAAUUCUCAGGUCACUGCUCUGUCUCAUCAGCUGGCAAGCUACAGCACUACUUCUGUUGCUGGCUGUAGCCGCAGUGCAGUCCCAGACGGCUAAGGCACAGAGCUGCCCAAAUGAGCUCAACAGGCUCAAUGUGUGCGCACCCUUUGUAGUGCCUGGUGUCCCCGAGGCCACUCCUAGUUCUGACUGCUGUGCAGCACUCCAAUCUGUGCAGCAUGACUGCCUCUGCAACACUCUCAGGAUUGCUUCUCGACUUCCUUCUCGUUGCAAUAUCCCAGCUCUCAGUUGUGGUAACUGA